ACAGCAGUGAUUGCACUAGGAGCGGAAUCGACCGCGUUUCAAUGGUUGCACACAACCGCGGAGCAGGCAGCGUGUUCGCGUCAACCAAGUAACGAUGCUUAAAUCUUGCGUCUUAGCUGCAAACUCCUGCUGCUAUUCAGCUGGGUGACCGGAGAGGGUGGUUAACGUGACAUUACUUCUUAUGUUGUGCUUACUUUAUUGUUCUGGUCCCAUACGCAGACCAGUAAUUGUGUAAGAAGAUGUUGAGUCGACUAAUGAGCGGAAGCAUCAGGAAUCUGGAGAGAGAAUACAAUUGUACCGUCAGGCUUCUGGAUGAUACGGAAUACACCUGCACUAUCCAGCGGGAUGCGAAGGGACAGUAUCUGUUUGACCUCAUCUGCCAUCACCUCAACCUGCUGGAGAAGGACUACUUUGGGAUCAGAUAUGUGGACCCAGACAAACAGAGGCACUGGUUGGAGUUUACAAAGUCGAUUGCCAAACAAAUGAAGUCUCAGCCACCUUUCACCAUGUGUUUGAGGGUGAAGUUCUACCCUCCAGACCCAGCAGCUCUGAGAGAGGAAAUCACCAGAUAUCUAGUCUUCCUGCAGAUCAAGAGAGAUCUGUAUCACGGCCGCCUCCUGUGCAAGACGUCGGAUGCCGCCAUACUGGCUGCUUAUAUCCUGCAAGCUGAGAUUGGGGACUACGACCCAGGCAAGCACCCGGAGGGCUACAGCUCGAAGUUCCAGUUCUUUCCCAAACACUCGGAGAAGCUGGAGCGCCGGAUCGCUGAGAUCCACAAGACAGAGCUGAUGGGGCAGACACCAGAAACAUCAGAGCUGAACUUCUUGCAGAAAGCGCAGAUGUUGGAGACAUACGGAGUGGAUCCCCAUCCGUGCAAGGAUGUUUCCGGAAACCCCGCCUUCCUCGCCUUCACCCCGUACGGAUUCGUCGUGCUUCAGGGAAACAAGAGAGUCCACUUUCUUAAGUGGAACGAGGUUACCAAGCUGAAGUUCGAAGGGAAGACAUUCCAUAUAUAUGCAAAUCAGAAGGAGGACAAAAAGAUCAUCCUCACGUACUUUGCACCGACACCCGAGGCCUGCAAGCACCUAUGGAAGUGCGGAGUGGAGAACCAGGCCUUCUACAAGCUGGAGAAGUCCAGUCAGGUGCGGACCGUAUCCAGUAGUAACCUGUUCUUCAAAGGGAGUCGGUUCCGAUACAGUGGCAGAGUUGCAAAAGAAGUGAUGGAGCAAAGCGCCAAAAUAAAGAGGGAGCCUCCAGAGAUACACAGGGCUGGCUUGGUGCCCAGCAGGAGCUGUCCGUCUAUCACUCACGGUCCCCGACUGAGCAGCGUCCCUCGAACACGUCGGAGAGCAGUCCACAUAUCCAUCAUGGAGGGUUUGGAGUCCCUGCGGGACAGCGCCCACUCCACUCCUGUACGCUCGGUCUCCCAUGGUGACUCCUUCAUCCCGCGGUCCCGCAGUCAGGCAGCAGACGCAGGCGAGGGGGCGGCGGUCAUCUCAGACGAGGCCUACAGCCCCUCUGACAGCGUGCUGCCCACCCCGGUGGCCGAGCGUAGCCUGGAGCUCGCCAUCUCCCGCCAGAUCAACGGCGCCCCCUGCAGCAUUGAGGAGGAGAAGGAGUCUGAGGCGGGCACCCCCUUGGUGGGCGACGUGGUGGAGUUCGGGCCGGACGGCUCCGUCCUGAGCCGGGGGGAAGCGGGGGUCUCCCCCUCGUCCGAAGUGGAGCAGGUGAACAAGUUCGUUCUGAGCGUCCUCCGCCUGCUCCUGGUGACCGUGGGACUCCUCUUCGUCCUGCUCCUCCUCCUCAUCAUCCUCACAGAGUCAGACCUUGACAUCGCGUUUUUGCGAGACAUCCGUCAGACCCCCGAGUUCGAGCAGUUCCACUAUGAAUACUUCUGCCCCCUCAGGCGCUGGGUCACCUGCAAGUUGCGCUGGUUUGGCGAGCUGCUCAUCAAGUGAAACUGAGGUGUUGGUCUAGAGGUGCGACCGGCCACACCCCUUCCCUCCCUCCCCCCUCCCCUCCAUUGGGGAGCUGAGAAGAUGAAAACGUGAGUGAGUGAUGAAGGGCGGUCCCAUCCCACCAUCAACCCGGCUUCUCUCAUGACUCCACCCACAGACCCAUGCCACGGACUCUACUGAGCACGCUUCCUGGAGAUUUCCCCCCCCCC